AUGACCGCGCAAGAUAAAAGGGUGGCUAAGGGCUCUGCCCGCAAGGCGCCCGCGUCGCAGACGCGUCUGGCGGGCGCUUGCCUCGCGGACCAGGCGGCCGAGCAGGCUGUGAUCGCGGCCGAGGCGGAUUGGCUCGGGCGGCUCUGCGACUUCGGCCUGGCCGCUAUCGGGCUGACGGCGCCCGCGACGCAGCCGUCCGCGUCUGGCCGUCCUGUCCUCAUCGGCACGACCGAGUACAUGGCGCCGGAGAUCAUCCGGAUGCUCGAAUCGUGCGGGCAGGCGGUCGACCUGUGGGCGCUUGGCGUGCUGCUGUACGAGAUGGCGCCGUGGUACCACAAGGAGGCGAAGGAGCUGCAGCGCAAGAUCGUGCACACGAAGCCGAAGCUGCCUCCUGACCGCUGUGGGCCUCCCCAGACCUCCUCUUGCCUAUGGGAGUACCCCUCUCAGUCUACUUCCUAG